AUGGGGAGUGGAGGGAAGAGGGUUAUUGUGAUUCGGACAAUGGAAGGCAGAAUUGCUGGACGUCGACUUUUGGCGACGACUGCGGCAACGAAUGGAUGGGUGGCUGGACGGAUGGGACGGGUACAUAGAGGAAUAUGGAUGGAUAAGCGGAAGAGUAGACGGAUAGAAGGUUUAAUGAGUGGAUGGGUGGUGAUUGGACGAAGAGAUGGACUUGCUGGUAAAGGCAAGCACGCGGACGGCUACAGCAGCACUGCUGACGACUGUGACGGCGAC